CAGAAUGGAAGACCACUCUUUGCCAGCCUCCGUUGUUUAACAUUGAUUCAAUGGGCCCAAUUCUUUGUUGGGUGGUUGGCAUGGACUUGCGAUGCUGUAGAUUCAUUCUCAGUGUCUGUCACUAUCGACAACCUUCAAGUCGAAUUUAACAAGUCUGCCCAUGACAUCACCACGGCGAUUACCCUGACGCUCUUAUUUCGAAUCGUUGGUGCCUUAAUAUUCGGAAUCAUUUCAGACCGCUACGGCAGGAAAUGGCCCCUCGUAUGCAAUCUCCUUCUCAUCUCCGCCUUCCAGCUUGGCGCAGGUUUUGCUCAGACUUUUAGACAAUUCCUCGUGCUUCGAUCGUUCUCUGGUAUCUUCAUCGGCGGAAUCUGGGGAGUAGCCACAUCGAGCGUUCUCGAAAACGUUCCCCUUGAAGCUCGUGGUUUUAUCAGUGGGGUAUUGCAACAAGGUUACGCUGCGGGGUACAUCAUCGCCGCUGCAAUCAAUUUAUCCAUUGUUCCGGAAGCCAAGGGCGGGUGGAGGGCUUUGUUUUGGAUUGCUUGUGGUUUAUCGUUCGCUACCGCUUGCUUCCGGGCUCUACUUCCCGAGAGCGAGCAUUUCCUGCAAGCCGAGAAGGACGAUCGUGCAAGAACAACCAGGAAAACGGAAAAAAUCUCGAAGGAGAUCAAGGAGACACUGAAACGGGAUUGGCUCUUGUGUAUAUAUGCCGUUUUGCUGAUGGGAGGCUUGACCUUCCUUUCUCACGCAUCCCAGGAUUUAUACCCCGCGUUUCUCCAGACGACGAAGGGCUUCAUACCUCGUGGUAUAAAGGUUGCUUCUAUUUUUGGAAAUCUCGGUGGUACAGCGGGAAGCUUGGUCGCAGGACACCUCAGUCAACGCGUCGGCCGUCGCUUAGCAAUCAUUAACAUGGUUCUGAUGGUUGGAGCCUACAUCCCUCUCUGGGUUCUGCCAAAUUCUUUCUUCUGGAUCGGUAAUGGCGUUUUCUGUAUGCAAUCCGCCGUACAGGGUGCAUGGGGUGUGAUCCCAAUCUAUUUAACCGAAAUAUCUCCACCCGCUUUACGCGCCGCUUUCUUGGGCGUUGCUUACGCCGUUGGAAAU